CCGCGGGUGUGAGGCGGCCCGGCCCGGCCUGGCUGGCUCCCUCCGCCGGGCAGCCCGCCCAGGAGCAGCAGCCGGGGCCCGCUCGCCGGCCGCCUCAGCCACAGCCGCCUGCUCCCGCCGGCCGGGCCUGCGCCGCCGCCGCCUCCUCCGCCGCCGCCCCCUUCCCCCUUACCACCACCCCCAGUGCCGGAGCCAUGGCGGGCGCCGCGUCCCCCUGCGCCAAUGGCUGCGGGCCCGGCGCGCCCUCGGACGCCGAGGUGCUGCACCUCUGCCGCAGCCUCGAGGUGGGCACCGUCAUGACUUUGUUCUACUCCAAGAAGUCGCAGCGGCCGGAACGGAAGACCUUCCAGGUCAAGCUGGAGACGCGGCAGAUCACGUGGAGCCGUGGCGCCGACAAGAUCGAGGGGGCCAUUGACAUUCGAGAAAUCAAGGAGAUCCGCCCAGGGAAGACCUCACGGGAUUUUGAUCGCUACCAAGAGGAUCCUGCUUUCCGAACAGACCAGUCACACUGCUUUGUCAUACUGUAUGGGAUGGAGUUCCGCCUGAAGACCCUGAGCCUGCAAGCUACAUCUGAGGAUGAAGUGAACAUGUGGAUCAAGGGGUUAACUUGGCUGAUGGAAGAUACAUUGCAGGCGGCCACACCUCUGCAGAUUGAAAGGUGGCUGAGGAAGCAGUUCUAUUCAGUGGAUCGGAAUCGUGAGGAUCGUAUAUCAGCCAAGGACCUGAAGAACAUGCUGUCCCAGGUCAACUACCGGGUCCCCAACAUGCGCUUCCUCCGAGAGCGUCUGACGGACCUGGAGCAGCGCAGCAGUGACAUCACCUAUGGGCAGUUUGCUCAGCUGUACCACAGCCUCAUGUACAGCGCCCAGAAGACGAUGGACCUCCCCUUCUUGGAAGCCAGUGCCCUGAGGGCGGUGGAGCGGCCGGAGCUCUGUCGCGUGUCCCUUCCUGAGUUCCAGCAGUUCCUCCUUGAGUACCAGGGGGAGCUGUGGGCCGUCGACCGGCUUCAGGUGCAAGAAUUUAUGCUCAGCUUUCUCCGAGACCCCUUGCGAGAGAUUGAAGAGCCGUACUUCUUCCUGGAUGAGUUUGUCACCUUCCUGUUCUCCAAAGAGAACAGUGUGUGGAACUCACAGCUGGAUGCAGUGUGCCCAGAAACCAUGAACAACCCCCUCUCCCACUACUGGAUCUCCUCCUCCCACAACACAUACCUGACUGGGGACCAGUUCUCCAGCGAGUCCUCCCUGGAAGCCUACGCUCGCUGCCUGCGGAUGGGCUGUCGCUGCAUUGAGUUGGACUGCUGGGAUGGCCCAGAUGGGAUGCCAGUCAUUUACCAUGGACACACCCUUACCACCAAGAUCAAGUUCUCAGACGUCCUGCACACUAUCAAGGAGCACGCCUUUGUGGCCUCAGAGUACCCGGUCAUCCUGUCCAUUGAGGACCAUUGCAGCAUUGCCCAGCAGAGGAACAUGGCACAGUACUUCAAGAAGGUGCUUGGGGACACACUCCUUACCAAGCCUGUGGACAUCGCUGCCGAUGGACUCCCCUCACCCAACCAGCUCAAGAGAAAGAUCCUUAUCAAGCACAAGAAGCUGGCAGAGGGCAGUGCCUAUGAAGAGGUGCCUACAUCAGUGAUGUACUCCGAGAACGAUAUCAGCAACUCCAUCAAGAAUGGCAUCCUCUACCUGGAGGACCCUGUGAACCACGAGUGGUAUCCCCACUACUUCGUCCUGACCAGCAGCAAAAUCUACUACUCUGAGGAGACGAGCAGUGACCAGGGCAACGAGGAUGAGGAGGAGCCCAAGGAGGCCAGUGGCAGCACAGAGCUGCACUCCAGUGAGAAAUGGUUCCACGGGAAGCUUGGGGCAGGACGGGAUGGGCGGCACAUCGCUGAGCGCCUGCUUACCGAGUACUGCAUCGAGACCGGGGCCCCUGAUGGCUCCUUCCUCGUGCGAGAGAGCGAGACCUUCGUGGGCGACUAUACCCUCUCUUUCUGGCGGAAUGGGAAAGUCCAGCACUGUCGGAUCCACUCUCGGCAGGACGCUGGGGCCCCCAAGUUCUUCUUGACAGACAACCUGGUCUUUGACUCGCUCUAUGACCUCAUCACACACUACCAGCAGGUGCCCCUACGCUGCAACGAAUUUGAGAUGCGCCUCUCAGAGCCAGUCCCGCAGACCAAUGCCCACGAGAGCAAAGAGUGGUACCAUGCCAGCCUGACCAGAGCUCAGGCCGAGCACAUGCUGAUGCGCGUCCCCCGGGAUGGGGCCUUCCUGGUGAGGAAACGGAAUGAGCCCAACUCCUACGCCAUCUCCUUCCGGGCUGAGGGCAAGAUCAAGCAUUGCCGCGUCCAGCAGGAGGGCCAGACGGUGGUCCUGGGCAACUCAGAGUUCGACAGCCUCGUGGACCUCAUCAGCUACUAUGAGAAGCACCCACUGUACCGCAAGAUGAAGCUGCGCUAUCCCAUCAACGAGGAGGCGCUGGAGAAGAUCGGCACAGCUGAGCCAGACUACGGGGCCCUGUAUGAGGGCCGCAACCCAGGCUUCUAUGUGGAGGCGAAUCCUAUGCCGACUUUCAAGUGUGCAGUCAAAGCACUCUUUGACUACAAGGCCCAGAGAGAGGAUGAGCUGACUUUCACUAAGAGCGCCAUCAUCCAGAAUGUGGAGAAGCAAGAAGGUGGCUGGUGGCGGGGGGACUAUGGUGGGAAGAAGCAGCUGUGGUUCCCGUCAAACUACGUGGAAGAGAUGGUCAGCCCCGCAGCCCUGGAGCCUGAGAGGGAGCACUUGGACGAGAAUAGCCCCUUGGGGGAUUUGCUCCGGGGGGUCUUGGAUGUGCCAGCUUGUCAGAUUGCCAUCCGUCCCGAGGGCAAGAACAACCGGCUGUUCGUCUUCUCCAUCAGUAUGGCUUCUGUGGCGCACUGGUCCCUGGAUGUCGCUGCUGACUCACAAGAGGAGCUGCAGGACUGGGUGAAGAAGAUCCGAGAAGUGGCCCAGACAGCAGACGCCAGGCUCACGGAGGGCAAGAUGAUGGAGCGGAGGAAGAAGAUCGCCCUGGAGCUCUCCGAGCUGGUUGUCUACUGUCGGCCUGUUCCCUUUGAUGAAGACAAGAUUGGCACAGAACGUGCCUGCUACCGGGACAUGUCGUCCUUCCCGGAAACCAAGGCUGAGAAAUAUGUGAACAAGGCCAAAGGCAAGAAGUUUCUCCAGUACAACCGGCUGCAGCUCUCCCGCAUCUACCCCAAGGGCCAGCGGCUAGACUCUUCCAAUUACGACCCCUUGCCCAUGUGGAUCUGUGGCAGUCAGCUCGUGGCUCUCAACUUCCAGACCCCAGACAAGCCUAUGCAGAUGAACCAGGCCCUCUUCAUGGCCGGUGGCCACUGUGGCUACGUGCUGCAGCCGAGCACCAUGCGGGAUGAGGCCUUUGAUCCCUUUGACAAGAGCAGCCUCCGAGGCCUGGAGCCAUAUGCCAUCUGCAUCGAGGUGCUGGGGGCCCGGCACCUGCCGAAGAAUGGCCGAGGCAUCGUGUGUCCUUUUGUGGAGAUUGAGGUGGCCGGAGCAGAGUAUGACAGCAUCAAACAGAAGACAGAAUUUGUGGUGGACAACGGACUGAACCCUGUUUGGCCCGCCAAGCCCUUCCACUUCCAGAUCAGUAACCCAGAAUUCGCCUUCCUGCGCUUUGUGGUGUAUGAGGAGGACAUGUUCAGUGACCAGAACUUCCUGGCUCAGGCCACCUUCCCAGUGAAGGGCUUGAAGGCAGGAUACAGAGCCGUGCCUUUGAAGAACAACUACAGUGAGGACCUGGAGCUGGCCUCCCUGCUUAUCAAGAUCGAGGUUUUCCCUGCCAAGCAGGAGAACAGUGACGUCAGUCCCUUCAGUAGUAUGUCUCUGCGGGAGCGGGGCUCCGAUGCCUCGGGCCAGCUGUUCCAUGGCCGGGGCCGGGAAGGUUCCUUUGAAGCCCGCUACCAGCAGCCGUUUGAGGACUUUCGAAUCUCCCAAGAGCAUCUGGCAGACCAUUUUGACAGUCGGGAACGGAGGGCCCCACGAAGGACUCGGGUCAACGGGGACAACCGCCUCUAGUUGUGUGCCAGCCUCGUUGAGAGCAGCGGGUGCCAUGCACCUCGUGGAGUGCCGUGAGCCGGGUUCUUGAGAAGUGGCCUGUCGUGGCAGCCUUCCUGGCCCCGUAGCCUGGAGCCUGGAUUCCAGCAGUGACUGCUAGACAAAACCAAGCCAUUAAUGAGUUGUUUUACUGUUCGGGGCCUCCGUGCCCCAGCUCUGGGGGAAGGCAAACACUGUACUGUGUCUCAAAUUAAUUAAGCACACACCUCUGGUCCUGACUUCUGGAGAUGGAGCUUUCCAUCUAUGGGGCCAGGACCAUGGCUGCAGCCCCUUGGAGAGAGGCUGCCUCAGCCUGUGGCACAGGAGGCUCUAAGGAACCGCAGCAGCCUCAUGGGGCCAGGGAAACAAACCCAAGUUUACAUUGUCCUGUAGCUUUAAAACCCCAGCCGGGCAGGGGUGGGGGUAGAUGCCCCCACGGUUUGGCCCUGGAGCCAGGGCAGAGGAGCACAGGACCUGCCUGGAGAGGGUCCCCCCCUGCUCAAGGAAGAGGACACAGCACAAGGGCAUGUUGCCCGUGGCUGGGAACACAGCCCAGCCUCCAAGAUACAGGGGAUCGUGUUAGAAAUAGCAGCAUUGGGCAAGCCAGGCUGCUGUGGGCCAUGGAGGGUCGCCCUGCAGGCCACUGUGUGAGGGGCCUGAAGAGGCCAAGGCCCAGGGCGCUGCCUGGAAUGGGGACAGCAGCCCCUCAGGACCAUGGGAGGAUGAGGGAGACCCGGAUGUCCUGCCCUGCUUUGGGCUGCACCACCUGCCUGCUGCCCAAAGCCGGGAGGCAGCCCAAGGUUGACACUCGGGAUGUGAGCCUGGAAUCCGGACCUGCUCACUAGGGUAGACGAGUGUGUGGCCGUGCUGGCCCAGUACAGCAGCUCCUGCCACAUUGGGAGGGCGUGCCUCGCUUUGACGCAGAGGCCACCGAGCAACAGAAGGUCUAACAGCAAGGUCAGCGGACUUGAGGCCUUUGUCAGAGAUGGGUGCCGGCAUGGCCAGAACGGAGGAGCAGGUCGCAGGCCACGCCGGGGAUUUUCCCCGGUACCUUUGGGAAGCUCCUGCACACAACUGACAGGCCCUUCUUCAAGGCACCCUUCAGCAGGUUGGCUAGGGGACCCCUUCCCCCCACCCCCGUCCUGUUCCAGACUGAAGACCACUCUCCCCGUUGCAGCAUAAGACCUGGGCUCUGAGUCUGCGGACAGCACUGUGGGAGGAUGUGGAGAUCAGCCCGAAUAUUCAUUAAACCAGUUGAAAGUCCUCUUGCUGGGCAUCUGUGAUGUUGGAGUAUGGAAUUUUAAAGGUUAUUUUUUGCACACCAUUUCCUACCAUGUUCAUUAUUUCACAUAGGAUGUAUGAUUUUCUCUGUCUUCCACUUCUAACCGGAAAGCUGCUUGGUUGGGGGGUGGGGGAAGCAAAACGAAUGAACUGGUCUGUGCACUGUGGCAGAACUGUUAUUUUUAUGGAUUUUACAGCUCAACUAACAGUGUUACCUUUUCAAGAUUUAUAUAUUUAUAUACUCUUAAGAAAAACCACUGAGCCGUUAAAGCCUUGUUAUUCAAUCCUAAUAGUGAUUCAGUUUUCUAUAGUUUACUUUUAGGGUAGAAAGUAAAUUAUUUAACAUUACAUUAAACUUCCCAGAUCAUGGAUUGUAAACCGAAGGAAAUUAUACAAUUUCUGAGAAAAUGUAUUGGUUUAUUUAAACUAAUUCUAAAGUUGUCUUUGCAAGUAUGACCUCGCAAUCCUGUCCAUAGCAAACAUAUCUACAUAUGGCUGCCAACGUUUGGUUUAUAAUCGUUUGGUUUAUAAUCAGAAUAUUAACAAAAAUCGUAAAUUUUAUUAGAAAAGCUUCCCUUUUGAAAAGAACAGUAUUAUUUUUCUUCUCAGUAGUAUUGUAACAAAGUUAGUGACUCUCCUUGCUCCUCACCUUUGGAGGGCAACCUUGGAGCAGAGCCACAGGGAGGGGCCGGCGACCACCCGACACGUGGGGACAGCUGUGCUACAGAUGGUAAGGCUGUCGGGAACGGGCCGGGGGUGGGAGGAAAACAGCAAAGCCUAUUGUGGCCAGGUGGUUUUUGUUCGAAGGCAAAGACAACACAGUGUGCGUUCCCUAGGGACAGAAAAGGGUUAAGGAUCGGCCCGCUGUGUGGGCAGGUGAGGGAGCAGUCACCAUGCAGCUGGCUGUUUCCAUUGAGUUGGUGAGAAGACCCCGGAAAGGAGACGGGAAGGUUGGGAAGGCAGCUCCACGAAGGGGUGCAGGCCCGUGGGCACAAGGGUGCCCUUCGGCACAGCUGGCACUUGGCACACGCAAGCCCACUGCCCUCAUUCGGCCUCAGUUGCCAGUUGUGCUGGCCUCUUAAGAUCUGACUGCCACAUAAAUCGGCCCCGUGUCCUUUUAGCUUGGGUGCUCUUUCACGGGUCCGGGAAGCCGGUCGUCUGGAGACAACUUGUCAGGUGGUUAUUGUGCGGUACAGGCAGGUUGGAAGUUUUUGGCCACUUCCCAGGUCAAGCAUCUCUUCCCUCCUCUGGGCUACGGAGUGGGGUGAGAACACCUGCUCUUCCAGCUCCUCUGCAGACAGGAUGUCCGGGGACAGCAGCCCGAAUCCCUGCAGCUUGCCAACCCUGGUGAGCGGGAUGCAGCCGGAGCCCUUUCCCAGUUCACAGAAGCCUCUCCUUUCAAAAGGAGGUUGCCGGGUGCCACUCUGGUUGCCUCGAUAGCUUGCAACCAAAUCUCUGCCCGGAUGUGGUUGAAAAGGCACUGCCCUUACCUUCCUGUGGCUGUUUUCAUGGUGGUCUGCGCCGGUGUAGGUCAAACAUGAUGCCACACACAGAGCUGCCUGCCUGGUGGAUGGAUGGGGACGAGCAUAAAAAUCCAGCCCAGGGAUCCUGAAAAGAUGCAGGAACCACUCCUGGCUGGCUGGCACACCAGGGACAAGUAACUGCUCAGAGUUGCAGGCCUGCACUUCUCUCACCCCGUGCACACGUGCACACAGCACUACUUGCAAGACUUCAGCUGGCCUCCAGAAGGACCAAGUUGGGAACAGGCCCCGGUGUCCACCUGGGAGCAGAAUCACUGGCCGGCCUUGGUGUGUGUCUGCCCCAGCAUAAUUCUAGAAACCUCACAGUUCUGUCACACAGAAGCCAGGCCUGUGGACACAGCAGCGUGGGAGACGGAGAGAGGAACUUUCCUGAAGCAGGCUGAGGGGAACGGCCUUGCUCAUCCAUCCAAGCUUAAGAUCUGGUUUGCCCACUGAAUAAAUCAGAUGUGAAACGUUUCUAGUUUUUCUGGCUCCCCCACAAAAUAAAGUCAGCAGAUGUGAAACAUA